AACCAAAAUGAUGAGUUAUGUAUUUCAUUUUUUCAACUUGUAAACUAUAUAGAUAUAAUGUCAACCAUGUAGGAUGUUGUCACUGGACGCUGUUGCUUUUUGUUUCUCACGGUACACGAGCACAUGUAUUUACAUCUCAUUUUGAAUCCAGCCUGACACCGAGGGAGUUCAACUCGUACGGCGCUCGCAGAGGGAACGACGCCGUGAUGACCCGAGGAACGUUCGCCAGCAUCAAGCUGCUAAAUCGCUUCAUCGGCAAACCGGGUCCGAAGACUCUGCACAUUCCCUCAGGCCAGACGCUGGAUGUCUUCGAGGCGGCAGAUCGUUACCAUAGAGACGGCGUCCCCCUCAUCAUCCUCGCCGGCAAAGACUACGGCUCGGGGAACUCCAGAGACUGGGUCGCUAAGGGACCCUACCUGCUGGGGGUUCGAGCGGUCAUCGCGGAGAGUUUUGAGAAGCUGCACGUGAAGCAGCUGGUGGGGGUGGGCAUCGUGCCGCUGCAGUUUCUGCCCGGCGACAGCGCCGACUCUCUGGAGCUCAGCGGGAAGGAGAGGUUCAGCGUGACUCUGCCCGAGAGCCUGAGCCCGAGGCAGCAGCUCACUGUCAAGACAAGCCAAGGAAAGUCCUUCCUGGUCACCGCACUGUUCGACACGGAGAUGGAUGUUAUCUUUUUCCAGCACGGAGGCCACCUCAGAUAUGUUGCUCGGACUUUUCUCUGAAGGCAAAGCUCUUCUCACCGCCAUCAUAUUACCAGUUAGUCUUCAGCAUGGAUGAAAAACUUUAAGCUAACGGAGCAAUGUAGCGGCGGAUGAUCCGCCUGUUUGAGGUGGAUCAACAUCUCCUGACUUUUCGUUUUCAGACCGAGCUGCUUCUCCGUCACCACACAUGGUUGUUCCUGCCGUCGUGUCUCCUCACAGAACAGAAACAGAGCGCAGGAAGACGUGAUGACAUUUUGUUUUAUUGCUUUGGAAACCAGAUUUUCAGUGUACUGACUUUUCUUUCUUCAUGGAGGAGAACUGAAUCUGCUUCUGUUGUCGUCUGACACAGUGCUGCAGCAUGAAUACUUUUAUUUUUAAGGGUGUGUCGUAUUCUGUUUUUACCAAAAUCCCAGUCUUAUUAUGCAGGAUUGAUGUCAAUUGCCCAUAUUUCCCAUUGUGGCUUUAUCAUUUUAUGUAAAUUAAUCUUGUUUUUAUUUGAUACAAAUUCCAUUUUACAAUUGUCUCCCAUAUCUCAAUUUGUGUUUUGUGGAAACUAUGGAGGUUUUGCUUUUUCACUUAGCUACAUAACAAUGGCUUCUUCCUAACAUCUGACAAUCCUCUGUAUCACAAUAAAGCUAAAUUAUGAGUCA